CUUAGGCGAGCAAAUCAACUAAAUGGAAGAAAUGGUGUCUUGUAUGACAGAUAUAGUGGUCUAUAGUGUGACACUGGUCGUGACAAGGAACGCACGCAUGUUUACGGAAAUCAAGGAAUGACUGGUUGGCUAACACGUCUCUGGUUUGCUAGUGGUUAGCUCCUCUCAGGUUUUCUUGCGGUUGGUUCCACCCCAGUUUUCUUGCUGCUAGUUCCACUCGCGUUUGCUUGCGGUUAACUUCCAUUUUGUGGUUUGGGUGACGCUGUAUUGCACAUAUUUCUAAGGUUUGAAUGUAUAGUUAAGAAAUUCGAGUUUUUCCAGCUAGUGCUCUGAGGAUGUGGUUGGUAAGCGAACAUAUCCUGACUCACAUUUCUCAGGUUCGACUCCGGAUCCCGGGUCUGCAUACUAAGAUUUCUUUCUUCUUCUUUAUUUCAACUUUUUGUUUAAAGAGUGUCCAGUAACGUUCAUGUAAAAAUAAGUAAGCGUGAAAAUUGGUGACUAACCUGGUAACUCGUCUUCGACAUUUUUCUCAGCUACUUUGGUUGCCAAGGUAACAAGCCACGCGAGAUCAUCCGACUUUCCUGGCCAGCGGCUACCACUAUCAUCACAUUGUCCUCAACAUGGCGGACAAGGCUUUAUUUCGAGUAUUUCCAAGGUUCUCGCUUUCCCUCAAACACGUUUGCCUCUUCGUUCUGGUGUUACAAACAUCGUCGCUUGUCCUCACGAUGCGUUACUCAAGAACUACCCAUAAAGAGGGAGACCCAAUGUACAUCGCCUCUACUGCAGUAGUCUUCGCGGAAAUUUUCAAGAUCCUGGCAUGUGUGUUGAUAACUUUUCAUACAUCUCAGUACAGAUGGUCUGUCUUUGUGAGAAGUUUACGGGAAGAGAUUUUCGAUAAACCUUGGGAGACAUUAAAGCUAGCAGUACCUUCUGGAUUGUACACUGUUCAAAAUAACCUUCUGUAUGUCGCGCUUUCAAAUUUGGAUGCUGCCACGUAUCAGGUUACUUAUCAACUCAAGAUUUUAACAACAGCAUUAUUCUCAGUUUGUAUGCUACAUAAAAAGUUAGGCAUGCUGAAGUGGGUUUCUCUGCUCCUUCUUAUGUUUGGGGUGACUCUAGUUCAGUGGCAUCCAGAUGCUGUCAAAGAGACUGCAUCAAAAGAACGUUCUGCAUCAGAACAGUUUAUUGGUCUUGUAGCUGUUCUCACAGCUUGUUGUUCUAGUGGGUUUGCUGGUGUCUACUUUGAGAAGAUUUUAAAAGGAUCCAAGGCCACCAUAUGGAUGAGAAAUAUCCAGUUAGGUAUUGUACUCUCAUGAUGUUUGUUUUAAGUCCUUACUGCUGGCUCGACUUAAAAGGUAGCCAACUGACACUGAUACAUAAUUGACAGAAAGUAACCACAGACUACAAUUGCCUAUUGUAUAUGUACAUGUACAUAUGUACGUGCAAAUUGUCAGUCAUUUAGUCACUCAGUUGGGUCGGCAGUCAGACGGUCAGUCAGUCAGUCAGUCACCCACUCAUUCACUCAGUUGGGCAGUCAAUCGGUCGGUCAGUCAGUCAAUCAUUAGCAAGGGGCUUCCUAGUGGGGUAUAGGGCAAAAAGAGCAUGAGCCAAGUGUGGUCUGCAAUAUCUCUUAAGGAAGAUCUCUAGUACCUCACUACAAAGCUUGUCCACAGCCUAUAAUAUUAUCAGCC